CUUAUUACAUUAGUCAAUCAACAUUCUUCAUUCCUCUCUCUCUCUCACGCGCACACACACAAAAUGCAGAAAUGGCCGAAGAAGAGAACACAGUAUCCUCUAAUUGCACUUGUCUUCUUCGUCUUUAUAGUUUUCUCUAUCCUCUAUAAUGAAAGUAACAUUCAAGAAAUUCAUUCCAAACACACCCUCCCAAGAACUCCUCCAGUGCCUUUGGAUAAAUCGAGUGCUUGCCAGUCUACUGUGAAGUAUAGUGGAAAGAGAGCUGAAUGGGAUAGCUUCAAACCGGAGAUUACUGGCCGGAGAGAAAUGCCGGAGACGUGUGAUUAUUUUUCAGGGGAAUGGGUGUUUGAUAAUAGUUCAUAUCCACUGUAUAAGGAUUCUGAUUGUCCUUAUAUGUCUGAUCAAUUGGCGUGCCACAAGCAUGGUCGGCAAGAUCUGGAUUACCAGUACUGGAGAUGGCAACCUCACCACUGCAAUUUGAAGAGGUGGAAUGUGACUGAAAUGUGGGAGAAAUUAAGAGGGAAAAGACUAAUGUUUGUGGGAGACUCACUGAAUAGAGGACAGUGGAUAUCGAUGGUGUGUCUUUUGCAAUCUGUUAUUCCAGCUGAGAAGAAGUUCAUGACACCACAGGCUCACCUUUCAAUAUUUAGAGCAGAGGAUUACAACGCCAGCAUAGAGUUCCUUUGGGCGCCACUUCUUGUCGAAUCAAAUUCUGAUGAUCCUGUUGAUCACAGACUGCCUGAGCGAAUACUGCGUCCUGAUUCACUUCUUAGGCAUUCAUCAGAGUGGAUGCACGCUGAUAUAUUAGUCUUUAAUUCAUAUCUUUGGUGGAGACAGGGCCCUGUUAAGUUAUUAUGGAGUAGUGAAGAAAAAGGAGUUUGUGAGGAAAUAGAUGGGUUGGGAGGCAUGGAGUUAGCUAUGGAAGCCUGGGCAAAGUGGGUGGAUUCCAAUGUUGAUCGCGUGAAGAAGGUCUUUUUUGUCACUAUGUCCCCUACACAUUUCACGAAACAAGAAUGGGAACCAGGAAGCGAAGGAAACUGCUACGAUGAGAAGCUUCCAAUAAAGAAUGGAACAUACUGGGGUAUAGAUUCUGACUUUCCCACAAUGCAGAUGGUUGAAAGGAUCCUGGCCAAGUUGGGCUCAAAGGUUAAUGUUCUCAACAUUACUCAGCUAUCAGAAUACAGGAAAGACGGCCACCCUUCCAUAUAUCGUAAGUUUUGGGAGACGCUGACUCCUGAGAAACUAGCAGAUCCUGCAAGUUACUCGGAUUGCAUCCAUUGGUGCUUGCCAGGCGUUCCUGAUGUAUGGAACGAGUUGCUAUUUCAAUUUUUGUGAAAAGAACAGGUGCACUUUGUAAGUAAUCUUUCCACUAUCAUUGGAGAAAAGAAAAGUUCACACCUUGAACGUAAUGUACAUCUCGAAUGAGCACGCCCAUGUUUCUACUGUUAGUAUUAAAGCAAAUUCUUGAACCUCAAGGUAAACCAAUUACAGAGUGAAGGGAUGAUGCUUCUUUCUUUUGAGUUCA